UCUUUGAGCUCGUCGAGUAGACAUCAUGAGCAAAGCUCACCCUCCAGACUUGAAGAAAUUUAUGGACAAGAAGUUAUCAUUGAAAUUAAAUGGUGAAAAAAAAAAAAAAAAGAAAUUAAAUGGUGGCAGACAUGUCCAAGGAAUAUUGAGGGGAUUUGAUCCCUUUAUGAAUCCUGUGAUAGGUGAAUGUGUGGAGAUGGCAACUAGUAGGCAACAGAACAAUACUGGAAUGGUGGUAAUACGAGGAAGUGGCAUCAUCAUGUUAGAAGCCUUGGAACGAGUAUGA